AUGUAUUCUAAUGCAUCUGCUGGGGAAUUUCUAACACUGGCACCAUUGGGUUUAUCUGCUACAGAUAUUUAUCCAGCUUUUGUAUUUGGUGCACUUAUUUAUUUUAUUAUUGUAUUUUGCAACAUGUUGGUUUUAACAACUAUUGCUGUGAGUAAAAAGCUACACAAGCCCAUGUUUAUCCUGCUGUUCAACUUGCCCAUUAGUGACAUGUUGGGUGCUACAGCUUUUUUUCCUCAGCUUCUUCUCAUCAUUGUUACACAGAACAGGCUGAUUUCAUAUCCUGCAUGUAUUACUCAAGGUUUUCUGAUUCACUUUUAUGGUACAGGAAACCUGCUGAUCUUGACUGCCAUGGCAUAUGACAGGUACAUUGCUAUAUGUUGUCCUUUAAGGUAUAAUACCAUCAUGAGUCCACAUAAUUUAAUCAGAAUUAUUUUUGCAAUAUGGACUAUAAAUGUCGUAAUUAUUGUUACAUUGUUUGUUUUACUUGUGCGGUUUAAAGUUUGCAGGACAAAUAUAGUGGAUUUGUACUGUAACAAUCCAUCAUUAUUGAAACUGGUCUGUGAGGACACCAUAUUGAACAACUACUAUGGAAUAGUUUUUAUAAUUGUGCUUCAGGGUGGACCACUGUUGAUAUUAAUAUACACAUAUGCACAGAUCUUGCGUACAUGUGUCAUGACUAAUCAUACAGAUGCCCGGAGAAAAGCCAUUCAGACAUGUGGUACA